AUGGCUUAUAAGGACAAGGACAGCCUCAGCAUUCAUGUGCGAGGGUUCGAUGACUCCUUCGUGACAUCCGCUAUGCGCCGGACGCCAACGCAGAGGAUCCUCCGACUCCUAGGAUUGACUUUCUUCGUAGUGGGAUGUGUUUACUUCUUUCGAGAUAGCUUUUUCCAAGCUAGUAUCCCUUAUAAAAUUGUGCCUACGCCAAUUCGACCCGAGAGGUUCCCCGUGUCCCAACCUAUACCCCUCCCCAGAGGACGAGCUAAGAAGCUGCCGAAGAUCCAGCAUGCGCCUGUUGCUGAGACCAAACAAGCCAGAAAGGUGCGAGAGCACCGGCUAGGAGAGGUCCGCAGCGAGUUUCUGCACGCCUGGAGAGGCUACAAGAAGGAGGCGUGGGCAAAGGAUGAGCUCAAGCCUAUAAAUGGCGGGUAUAAGACCCCGUUCUGUGGGUGGGCGGCUACGCUGGUCGAUACGCUGGAUACGUUGUGGAUUAUGGAAUUGUAUGACGAGUUUGAGCUUGCAUUGGCGGAACUUAAGAAUAUCGACUUUACGCAUAAGGAGGGAUGCCAGAUUAAUCUUUUUGAGACAACUAUUCGUCACCUAGGGGGUAUGAUUGCGGCAUUUGACCUAAGUGAUGGGCAGUAUCCAAUUCUAAUCGAGAAGUCGGUGGAGCUUGCGGAGGUGCUGUACACUGCGUUUGAUACCCCGAAUAGGAUGCCCUCUCCGCAUUAUCUUUGGUCUGCGACUAACCCAGAUGCCAAUGAUCAUUUUCCAAGCAGCAGUAUCGUACUUGCUGUCCUAGGUUCACUGUCCGUUGAGUUUACUCGCCUAGCGCAGAUUACUGGAAAUGACAAAUACUUUGAUGCGAUCCAAAGAGUUAUGAAUGAGUUGGAGAAAUGGCAAGAUAACACCGGUUUGCCAGGAAUGUGGCCUGCUAUGGUCGAUUCUACGAAAAUCAAUCAAACGAUUGCCCUCGGCUCUCCGUUUGAAGGUGGAGAUGAGUUGUAUACCUUAGGAGCCCUCGCGGAUUCUACCUAUGAGUACCUACCCAAGCAAUACAUGUUACUUGGCGGGCAAUCUGCGUCAUACCGCACCAUGUAUGAGAAGUUUAUUGAAGUAGCCCAGCGAGAUCUAUUCUUCCGACCAAUGACCGUCGCGGAAGAUGAUAUCUUAAUUUCUGGGGCGGUUAAUCGCAUCGCGGGGAAGCCCAUACGCCUCAACCCGGAGCUACAACAUCUGGCUUGUUUCACCGGGGGAAUGGUCGCCAUUGCUGGAAAAUUAUUCAACCGGCCAGAGGAUGUUGCUGAUGGCGCGAGACUUGCAAGUGGAUGCGUAUGGGCGUAUGAGAACACGGUUUCGGGGAUUAUGCCUGAGACUUUCACAACUGUGCCUUGUAAGAAUAGGUCGAAAUGUCCGUGGAAUACCAAGACCUGGCUGAAUGCUAUCGACUCGGCCGGUAACGAGGAAGCGCUUCGAGAUAAAAUCAGAUACAGUAAAGUUGCACCUGGAAUGGUGGCGAUUCAAGAUGGACGGUAUCUUCUGAGACCCGAAGCGAUUGAGUCGGUUUUCAUUCUCCACCGAAUAACGGCCGAUCCCCAGUGGGCUGAGAGCGGAUGGAAAAUGUUCAAAGCCAUCCAAGCACAUACCAAAACUGAAAUCGCCCACUCCGCCAUCGAAAACGUCAUGGAGUCUUUUCCUGAAAAGGUCGACGAAAUGGAAUCUUUCUGGUUGGCAGAAACACUAAAGUACUUCUACUUGCUGUACAGUAAGCCCAGUGUAGUCAAUUUGGAUGAAUAUGUUCUAAACACCGAGGCGCAUCCAUUAAAACGGCCGUGA